AUGAGAAUCACUCCUCGUUCUCUUCGUCAAUUGAGAUUUAUUAUUGAUCAAGCUGAGUCCAAUUUAUUGAAGAAUCGUCCAUUUAUUACGAUAUCCACGAGAUCUGUAUCAACUGAUGCUGUCAAACUCACAAAUGAAGAAAUUAACAGAAGGGGACCUCUUAUCGAGUAUGAACGACGAAUUGCCAAUGGUGAAUUGGUGGAUGGAGAUAGUUGCCAGGUAGAGACACUAACUGAACUUCAGAGACUCUAUGAUGAACUUGUUGAGUCUGCUGAUGAAUGCCAAUUGGAUCGCAAUUCGGAAAAACCUGUAAGACACGGAUGGCUGUGGUCUCGACUCUUGUCACAUCCUUCUCAUUCACCUGUAAAAGGCUUAUAUCUUUAUGGCGGAGUUGGCACUGGUAAAACUAUGCUGAUGGACUUGUUUUAUGAUCAAUUGCCCUCUAAUUGGAGGAAAAAGAGGAUUCAUUUUCACGACUUCAUGUUGAAUGUGCACAGCCUAUUACAAAAGCACAAAGGGCUGUCUGAUCCCCUGGAUGUUGUAGCAGAAGAGAUUUCUGAGGAAGCGGUUUUAUUAUGUCUUGAUGAAUUCAUGGUAACAGAUGUUGCCGAUGCAUUGAUUCUAAAUCGCUUGUUCGGACAUUUAUUCAGCAAAGGCAUUAUUUUAGUGUCCACUUCAAAUCGUGCUCCCGAUAGUCUAUAUGAGGGUGGACUACAGAGGGAUCUCUUUCUACCCUUCAUUGCGACAUUGAAGGAAAGAUGCGUAGCACAUGAGAUUGGUUCAUCAACUGACUAUCGCAAAAUGACUUCGGGUGGGCAAGGAUUCUAUUUAGUUGGCAGAGAUUCGUCUAGCUUUCUUAAGAAAAAGUUUCAAGAGCUGAUUGGAGAAGACACGGCUACUCCCCAAGAAGUCGAAGUAGUAAUGGGAAGGACACUGCAGGUUCCAUUGGGAGCUAAUGGAUGUGCCUAUUUUCCAUUCGAGGAACUUUGCGACAAACCUCUUGGGGCUGCAGACUAUUUUGGAUUAUUCAAAAAAUUUCAUACUUUAGCGCUGGAUGGCAUCCCAAUUUUCGGGCUUAGCAAUAAAUCAGCUGCGCAUAGGUUUGUCACUUUGGUUGAUGUGAUAUACGAGAACAAGGCCAGAUUAUUGUGUUCAGCUGAAGGGAGCUCUCUAGAUCUCUUUCAAAAAGUAGUAACUGUAUCUGACGCUAAAUACAUAGCACCCAGGACCUCUUCGAGAUCAAGGAAAAAUGAUGAGGCUGACCUUUGCGUUGACAAUGAACUUGGGUUUGCAAAAGACCGUACCAUUAGUCGACUGACAGAGAUUAACAGCAGAGAAUACUUGGAGCAACAUGCUGAGAUGUUAGCAGAAAAGAAAUAA